UUUGUCGGCUAAAAAUAGUCCACAAUUUAUGCAAUUGCACCGCAUGAGCCGCUAAUCCGCACAUGUGUAAAAACGUUCAGUACAACCCUCUUAAAUCGUCAAACUACACUUUUUAUUGUGAGGAAUUGAGGUUAUUGCGGAUUAACCGGACGCCAGGCUGCUCCACAUAUGCGUGAGCGUCACCUCUGAGCUACCAUUUGUCGUUUAGCGCACCGUCCAGCGCAACAUUUCUGAUUAUGACUCUAUCACCAGCUGGACGCAGGGACACUCAGCCUUUGCAUAGUCCAGGGAUUAUCUGUUAAUGACACAAAGAAUCACACGAGAGAGAACAUGACGCCAAGAUGUAACAUUAGUAGCUUUUGUUAAUUAUUUAGCUCAUAAUUACUUGAGCCUUUUACGCGCAGCUUUCCAUUGGAUGCAUGUUGCCAGAGGUCCUGCUGUGAUAAAGCACAUUUAGGAGGCAAUGACUCGCAGCAUGAAAACAUCCGUGCACGGAUAAGGAAAGUUACUGUCCCUGCGCUUGUUUGCUGGAGUUGCGUUUACGCACCGGGAAGCAUGCGCUCUGCAAACACGAAGAUUUUCUAAGUCCGUCUUUUUCUUCUCUGAACGUAGUUUUGGAUCAAAGGUGCAUGGCUUUUUUUUCUUUUUUUUUUAAAAACACUUUUUUAACCUGGUAAGAUAUUUUUGAGGGGCAGAGCAUGAUGUGGAUCCAACUGUGGUGAUUUUCUUGCUGUAUCCAUGCGUCUCUCUUCUCCUCCAGACCUCUGGACGUUGUUGUGGACUGUGUUGCUAUUUAAUGCAAUGGGCUGUAUCCAGAGUAUCAGGUGUAAGCCCAAGAGUUUCCGAGACAGUGUCAUCGUCCUGGAGGUGAACAGCUCCAUCGACCCCAACCCCACCAGCAUUGACGAGUCUUCCAGCGUGGUCCUGCGCUACCGGACACCGCACUUUCGAGCUUGUGCCCGGGUCCUGGUGCCGCCAGUAGCCGGCAAAGAGACAUGGACCAUCGGCUGGAUUCAAGCUUGUAACCAUAUGGAGUUCUACAAUACGUAUGGAAACAAAGGGAUGUCGAGUUGGGAGCUCCCUGACCUGCGUGAUGGUAAGAUCCAGGCCAUCAGCGACUCGGACGGGGUGAACUACCCGUGGUAUGGCAACACCACGGAGACCUGCACAGUCGUGGGCCCCACCAAGAAGGACAGCAAGUUCACCGUUAGUAUGAAUGACAAUUUCUACCCCAGCGUGACCUGGGGCGUCCCCGUCAGCGACAGCAACGUGCCUCAGCUUAGCAGCAUCCACCGCGACCAGAGCUUUACCACGUGGCUGGUGGCCAUCAACCAGGCCACCUCAGAGACACUCGUCCUGCAGACGAUCCGCUGGAGGAUGCGGCUUCACAUCCGAGUGGACCCAGAGAAGCCUCUGGGUCACAGGGCCGUUCUGAACGAGCCCCUGGCCCAGGAACAGCCCCAGAUCCUGGGCAAGAAUGAGCCCAUCCCCACUAAUGCCAUGGUCAAGCCCAACGCCAAUGACGCCCAGGUGCUGAUGUGGCGGCCAAAGAAUGGUGACCCUGUGGUGGUCAUCCCACCCAAAUAUUAACCUGUUUCACUGACCAGACUGGCCUUGGAUACCUUAACAGUGUCAUUCUUUCUGUUGUUCCUGCUCGUCACCAGCUCUCACUGCUUUAACCCUUUCCCUGUUUUCAGCCUCUAUAUUCUUCUGUCUUAUGUUUCAAAGAGACUGACAGAGAGAAAAAAAACAGGCGGAGACGAAUGAAACCAGCUCUGAGAAAAAGACCAGCUGUUGCUUCGAGGUUGGGGGCUUGAACACACUUUUAAAACUGGAGCGAACAAACUGCAACCAUUCUACCUUCAAACUGGGUCGGGUCGCACUGUGCUAAAUGAGAUCAUUGCAAAAAUGAAAAACUGGAGAAUUUCUUUGUUUUUUAUUUUCAUUUUAUAUUUUGGCCGUUCGGGCCAAGUGACGUGGGGUUUGUGGGUGUGUGUGGAUUUCAGUAUUGACAUGACCAUAUCUGCGCACAUGCUACAUACAUGGACAGGCGCAAACCUUGUGUAUGAAUACCAGUUGUGUUUUUAUUUAUGGGCUGGGAGAGAGUGCAUUCAAUUUUGUUUGUCGUCACAGACGAAUUGCAUUGGGUGACGCACGAGAUUUUAGUACUUUUUUUAAAAACAUGCAAGACAUUCAAUCCAUGCUGCCUUAAGUUUACAUCGCUUUCCACUGCAAACUUUUUAGCCUUAAACAAAGUGCAAUGCAGUAUUUUGCUCAUUUGUCCCAACUCUUCCAGACUGUUGGUGCUGGCAUGUGUGGGUUUAGGACAGGAACGAUGCCACAGAAGAAGAGCCGGCUCUGAAGCUUUUAUGCUCAGUUGCAUUUACCUGACAAACGUAUUGUCUCACGAGCACAACCAGCGUUAUGCGUAAACACAGUUAUACAACCAAGUUAAGUAGCUGUGUUUCAAGUGCAUUACACAACAGAAGAGAUGCGCUGCACCGACGGACAAACAGAGAACAGCAGCAAAGCCGACCCUUGUCAAUAGCACUCAACACAAUAACGUGCAAUAACAACUUGAGCAAAAAGUACUCAGAAGCGCUCCUCAGUUAACCUCAUUUCAUUCACUUUAUGCUGUUUAUAGGCAGCCGUAGCAAGUUUUCCUCUGUCUGUAUCACUCCAUCUCAGGGCCCCCUUUUUCGCUUCCUUCCCUUCUCUUUUUUCAUCCACCCUGUCUGGCCUACUCUCUCUUGCCACAGCCAAUAACUCUUUGCAUUGCUCACAAUCAAUACUUUGAUUAAUAAGCAGUCACGCAUGGGGAAAAAUAACUCUUAAUAACUAGAGAAUAAAAACAGCAGUGUUUUGAAAAGUUUUCGCCACUCGUCUGACAAUCUUAUACACAUUGCAACUGUUCCUUUAAAUCAGCAACAUCCCUUUUCUUUCUAAAAUAUUAAAAUCCGAACAUGUCUGUCUCUUAACUGUCGUUGUCCCUCAUCUUCAUCUACACCAUUGCUCUCCCUCCCACUCCUCCUGCUGCCUUCCUCUCUUCUCUCUCUCUCGUUUUUAUCUGUUGUCGGGGCUGAAAAGCAGAGCAGGAGGCAUGCAAGUUUGAUCCUGACUGCUCGGUUGGCAUAUAGAUGACCCACUUCUCUGCUUUGCCGGUUGUAGCCCCCGCUGCAGAAAUGUGGGGCUUUCCUCCCUUUAUUUCACCGCCAGCAAACGCACGACACAAACGUGCGCAUAAACAAGCAGCUCUGGUCAGCUAAAUACCAACGUUAGAUGAGAUGGCGCCCAUUUAACCUUUUAAUCUUUGAGAAGGGCUUCAGCUGUAAACUGAAAACUCUUUUAAAAGCAGAGAGAAAAGCUGAAUUUGCCACCAGGGCGUUUUAUCUCCUUAUCAUGGGAAGCCAAAAUAUGAGUAAAAAGUUACUUCUGCACACACACUUUAUCUGUUAAUGAGUUAACAUUAUGCAAGUUCACUAGGCCUGCCGAGUCCCUGUGUUUUUGGCUCCAACCAAAGAAAUAAUUUGCAUGCAAGUCUGAUCCACUCAUGUAUUUCACAAAGAUCAGUCAGCUGCUGCUUUCAGUGUACAAGCAUCUCUGUUUGUCGACUGUACAAAGCACUCAUCCAUCAAACUUGGUUCAGGCCAUAUUUUUUGUGUUUCAUGGGAUAUUUUGUUCAUUCUGUGAUUACAAAACAGAAAUAUUUUGUGAUUUAACUCAGUUUGAUUUGGCUGCUAUGUCAAAGCCUGUAAAGGAAUAGUUCAGCAUUUUGGGAACCACAAUUAUUCACUUUUUUGCUGGUAAUUAAAUGAACAGCACUUUCAUGUCUGCAUGCUAAAUAUGAAGCUACAGCCAGCUGCAGGUAGCCUAGCAACAUCAUCAAGAAGGGGGAAACAGCUAGCCUGGCUCCGUCCAAAUGCAAUAAAAUACCCUACCAGCGCCUCAAAAGCUCAAUAAUUAACAAAUUGUACCUCAUUUGUUUAAGACGUACAAAGUUUAAAAAUUGUUUUAAUGUCUUUAUGCUAAGCUAACCGUCUCCUAGCUGCUUCUUCAAUAUGCACAGAUAUCAAUCUUCUCAUCUAACUCUCAGCAAGAAAGUUUCCCAAAAUGUCUCCAUAUUUCUUCAACUGUGAGUGAAAUGGUUCCAAGUUUAAAUCCAAUAAUAUGAGAGCGCAACCUUACACUCGAUGGAGAAUUAGGUAGCUAAAGGCUCUGCAGGGCACCAUGCAGAUUAAUGCAGUAGAAGUCAAAUAAUAUCUGGCUGAAGCAGAACUCAGACAUGCAGUCUUGAUGUCCAUUCAACGCCACUAGCUAAACUGUUCACGUAACAGCUAUAUCAGACAGUCCUGCUCGGCUUGGUUCAAGCCUCCGCUCCAGGCGGGGUCGCAGGGCCUUGGUGGUGAAGGGAGAAGGAGAAGAGGAGUUAAAAAGGCUACUGGGUGACUGCUGUCAUAAUUAGAUCUGCAAUGACACACUUGCAUGCCCUAGAUGGACCGCGCUGUGCCGAGUCGUGCCGUGCAAUGCAAAGGGCUAGCUUGAGUCAUGGGUGAGGUUCGAGUGAGGUCAGGAAGCAAAGGUCAGGGUCAAAGUGUUUGUGUGAGGGGGGGCUGCCAGAGUCUUAAAAUGUACUCGUAGAGAGUCGAGCGCCUGUGAGGGAUUGAAUAUGAGGGUGACAACAAACUGAAUCCAUUUAGACAUUAAAGCCAGCUCAAAAUAACGUUGACAUUUGCAAAGCACAACUUGGAUGUCAACCACGAGUCAUUUCAAUUUGAAAGAAAGCUGCAGCCUGCAACUCAGUGACCUUUAACCCAGCGUAGUGUGGGAGCCAUCUUUGCAUCGUGGACUGCCUCUUAAUGUGUUGCGAUGACCUAUGGACACUAGUACUCAAGCUGGACUACACGUAAUGUAAUUAAACCUCGACAGUGUGAGUGUGUGUGUGUGUAUGUGUACACAUUCACGUGAGCGUAUGUGUUAAAUCCAAUUUGAGAGACUUAGGCAGGAUGAGGAGUUUCACUGAUGUGCUUCUGCUGUUGUUGAGUCAUGAUUCCUCCUCUCUGUGUGUCUCUCUCACACAAACACACGCUAACAGUGCAGGGAAGGUAAUGUCCUUGUCAUAAAACAGGGCCAGAGCUUGCCCUCACAAACACACACAAACACCCCGAGGGGAAAGGAGCAGGCCUGGCGUGGUAUCUGAUUGUCACAGCAGUGUCACAUUGGCAGUGUGGACUCAUUUAUCAGCCCUGCACGUGGACCAUCUGCACACAUGCACAUGCUAACAAAGCCAUAUGCACAUACACAGCUGUUUACUAAUAAGCAGGAAGUGAUAUGUGUAUUUCUUGUGUUGUUAAACUAGAGUGAGAAGGUUUUAAAGAGAAAUGGAAGUAUUCAGGUGAUUGAGUGGGUGCCUGUCAACUAUCAACAGAAUUUCAUGUUGUAUUGUAGGAAAAGAGCACUAAUUGUCUUCUGUGUGUGUGUUCAAGUUUGUUAAUGUUGUGUUACUGGUGUGUAUUUUAUGUUCACAAAACAGAAGAACUUCAUAGAUGCUUUAUGUGCUUCCUCGACUAAGAAUGAGAAAAACAUACAAACAAAACUGCACAUUGUUCUGUUUGCUGUAUGGAGGGCAAAAAGUGCCAAAAUUGGACAAAGCCAAAACUAUGCAGUAAGACACUGUGAGUGACUUGUGAAUUCAAAAACCUCUUGGCACUUAUAAUAGGCCUGUUUUCAAUUGUUUUUUGAUCAUUCAAUGCAUUUAGCAUAUUAAUAUAACCAGAGAAACAUCAUAAAUGCACAAUGUAGCCAUGUGGACGAUUCUUUGUUGUCGUGUUUUCUGCUUGUCGGGCUGUGCCAAGUGAAAGAAAGCCUCCUCUCCUAAACCCACGCCAUUACAGUUCUUCUGAGGGCUGCUACCUUUGCUUCACAUCUACUUUAUGUUGUUAUUUAACCUCCAUCCGUGAAUAAUCAUCCCAGUAUUUAAACCAAUAAAACACCCCAAGUUCACUCUCAGGACCACCUGCCUUCAUUUCCUUGCUUUUCUUUUUGGUUUUAUCCCAUGAAAAAGAAAAGUUAGUAUUUGUAUUGAUGUUCUCCUUACUUCAAACAAUAACAAAGUCCUAUGGUUUAAAUACAAUCCUAAUUAUAGCACAUAAGAUCAUAUGAGCAACUACGUAUGCUUCUCAUUUUAUUUGGUUUGUUUUACGGACAUACUGAAAUAGUUAAAGCAGUUUGUGUUCUUUUGUUCAGCUUUGACUUUUACACCAAUACUUGAAAAUGGGUCAGUGCUGGCAAAUAUUUAAAACUGUGAAAAUGCACAACACUGGGGAAGCAACCCCUGAAAAAAAUACAAAUGAAAAUUAUAUAUAUAUGUAAACAAAGGUCUUUUUCAUGAAUAAAUAAAAUGUAUAAAUAUUA